ACAAUAAUUAUUAUUGAUAUACGACGACGGUCGUCGAUACGAUCGCGGUGAAUCUUGAAGACCUGUAACGGACUACGCAUUCUCCGACACACUCAACGAAAUAAGUUAUGCGUUCGAUUAUUUCCCUCGUGAUUUUCGUUUUAUCCGUCACAUGGGUGGCCGCCGCAAUCGACACGGCUUUUGCCGAAUCGUCUUACGAGACUUUCGCGUCUAGAGCUCGGAAAUUGGUUCAAAAAUCAAUGUACGAUAACUGGUCGAAAAAUAGAAAGACCGUGGAUAACAGUUACAAAACAGAUAUACCAAGAGAAUUCGAUGCACGUCAGUAUUUCACCAGUUGUGCAAAUGUCAUCGGCGACGUCAAGGACCAAGGAAACUGUGCUUCCAGCUGGGCGGUAGCAGUAGCUUCGACAUUUACAGACCGGCUUUGUAUAGCGAGCAAUGGACAAUUUACCGACAACUUGUCCGCACAAAACCUAAUGUCUUGCGGCGAUGGAGAAAAAAUGGGUUGUGACGGCGGUUCGGCGUUUAAAGCAUGGGAACUUACCAUGAACAAAGGAAUAGUGACUGGUGGUAACUUCGAUUCCAAUGAGGGUUGCCAACCGUAUAAAAACAGGCCCUGUGAUCAUUAUGGUGAUAGCAGGCUGACAAAUUGUUCGAGUCUCCGUAGAACGCAAAUGACGGUUUGCAGAAAAAAGUGUGUUAACAAAAACUAUAAAGUUAAAUACGAAGACGAUUUACAUAAAACUUCGAUUGUUUACAUGACUUCGUGGACGAACGUCAAACAAAUCCAACAGGAGAUCAUGACCUACGGCCCUGUAACUGCGUUCAUGUACGUGUACGAGAAUUUUAUGGGCUAUAAAGAAGGAAUUUACAAGUCUACAACCGGUGAACUUAUAGGAUACCAUCAUGUCAAGUUGAUCGGAUGGGGCGUCGACGGAGACGGCACUGAGUACUGGUUGGCGAUGAAUUCGUGGAAUUCGAACUGGGGAAACGAUGGACUUUUCAAAAUCCUCAGAGGUUACAAUUUCUGUUCAAUUGAACUCUUAGUGAUGGCUGGCAUCGUAGACGUUUCUCAAUAAUAAUACUUUAGUAGUACCUACCUACCUAAUAACAAUAAUAAUUUUAUGUCCUUCUCAUCAUAAUAUAUUUUUAUUAUUGUUAUUAUUCUUCGCAUAGUUUAUUUUAUUAUUUAUUUAUAUACCUAAUUGUUUUUGACAUUUGUAUCAUAGUAUUGUAAUGAGUGUGUAAUUAGAAAUCCAUGUAUACAUUUUAAAAUAAUUUAUUGUACAUACUAUAAUAUUUCGUAUAACAUGAUGCAUUGGCUGAUAUAAUAAUAUGAUACACGUUAUACGGAGCUAAUUUAUUUGAUAUUUUUUUCGCUGUACACUAUAAUAUAUUAUGUAAACUUUUUUUGUACAAAUAUAAAUUUAAUCGAAAACACAUAUU